CACACACAAGGCUCCAUCUUGGCAGCUCUUUACCAUUGCAAUAGGACAGCGUCAAUAUAGAUAUUUAUCUGUUCAGAUAAAUCAAACAAAAUAGAUAGGAUACAAAGGACUCUCUGUUGUAAUGUACACUAAUCCGGCAGACGUUUUUCGCGCGCACUGAGAAAACGACGAGCAGAAUGCGAUACAGACAGCGACUGGUCAUGAAGACUGUUUAACGACCUCUUGCACUAUCAGCGCUACUGGAUCGGAUCUGUGGAAAAACAACAGCUACCAUAUUGAAAUGGCUUUCUGCAAUAUGAAGGUGCUUUUCGUAUUGCUCAUCAUCUGUCUAUGGAUGGAGGGAGGAUUCACCAAAGAAAAGUCGGCAAAGAAGGGAAAGAAGAAAGGAAAACAGGUUUACUGUCCUUCGCAACUGUCAUCAGAGGACCUAGCACGAGUUCCGGCAAAUUCUACCAGUAACAUCCUUAACAGGCUUUUGAUCACCUAUGACCCUAGAAUUCGGCCCAACUUCAAAGGGAUUCCUGUUGAAGACCGUGUGAACAUAUUCAUCAACAGCUUUGGGUCCAUCCAAGAGACCACUAUGGACUAUCGUGUAAACAUCUUCUUGAGACAGCGCUGGAACGACCCCAGACUCCGACUUCCUCAGGACUUCAAGUCUGACUCACUCACCGUGGACCCAAAGAUGUUCAAAUGCCUGUGGAAACCAGACCUUUUCUUCGCCAAUGAAAAGAGUGCAAACUUUCACGAUGUUACACAGGAGAACAUCCUGCUCUUUAUCUUCAGAAACGGAGACGUCCUCAUCAGCAUGAGGUUGUCAGUGACCCUGUCUUGUCCACUGGACCUGACCCUCUUCCCUAUGGACACCCAGAGAUGUAAAAUGCAGCUUGAGAGCUUUGGCUACACCACAGAUGACCUGCAGUUCAUGUGGCAGUCUGGGGACCCCGUACAGAUGGAAGAAAUUGCUCUGCCCCAGUUUGAUAUUAAGCAAGAGGACAUUGAAUAUGGCAACUGCACCAAGUUCUAUGCAGGGACAGGUUACUACACGUGUGUGGAGGUGAUUUUUACUCUGAGGAGGCAGGUCGGCUUCUACAUGAUGGGUGUGUACGCUCCCACCCUGCUUAUCGUUGUUCUCUCCUGGCUCUCCUUUUGGAUCAACCCUGACGCCAGCGCUGCUCGUGUGCCUCUGGGUACUUUUUCCAAUCAUCAGUCCUUCCACAAUAUAAAGUGUCACACUGCCUGUGAUUACAUCAGGUGUCAUCACAUGCCAUGGUCUCAGAUUCACACCAUUUCAGGGAUCCUGUCAGUGCUUUCUCUCUCUUCUGAGUGCACCUCUCUGGCCUCCGAACUGCCUAAAGUCUCAUAUGUGAAGGCCAUUGACAUCUGGCUGAUUGCCUGCCUGCUCUUUGGCUUUGCCUCUCUGGUUGAAUAUGCUGUGGUUCAGGUGAUGCUUAACAGCCCUAAACGCCUGGAGGCGGAGAGGGCAAAGAUUGCCAGCAAGGAGAAAGCAGAGGGAAAGACCCCUGCCAAGAACACCAUCAAUGGCAUGGGAAGCACCCCGAUACAUGUCAGUACACUUCAUGUCAGUACACUUCAGGUGACAGAGACAAGGUGCAAAAAGGUAUGCACCUCCAAGUCGGAUUUGCGCUCCAAUGACUUCAGCAUUGUAGGCUCUCUCCCACGGGACUUUGAACUCUCAAACUUUGACUGCUACGGAAAACCCAUUGAAGUCGGCUCUGCUUUCGGCAAAUUGCAAGCCAAGAACAACAAGAAACCACCACCUCCUAAACCUGUCAUCCCCUCAGCAGCCAAACGCGUUGAUCUGUAUGCCCGUGCUCUCUUCCCUUUCUCCUUCCUUUUCUUUAAUGUAAUUUACUGGUCUGUGUAUUUGUGAUUGUGUAAAAUUUAGCCUGCUGAUCUUCAACUAACCUUUCCUACCUUCAUCUUGUCUCUGUCCCUACAAUUUGUACUGUACCUCAGGCGUCACACAUUACAGUUCUGUAACCACUGAUUUAAAGACUACAGAGAGAAAUUAUGGGGAGAAACACCAUAUUGCUGAACAAAAGCAAUUUAUUUAUUUUUUAAUGGAAAGGGCGAAGGCAUUGCUUGAAACAUAGCUCAACAAGAUUUGUUUGUUUUCAGCUUCGAUAUUUAAUUAAUGCUCAAAAUUAAAAGAGAAAUUAUUAUCUUGCAUGUGGAAAUGGAAUAUAUGCAUAUUAAUAAAUUGUAUUUAAUAUAUAUAUAAUAUUAUUUUUGACUUACUGAUCAGCUGUAAAGAUGGUGAUACAUUUGUACUGACAAACACUGCCAUAAGUCUAUUAAUGAUGUUCCUAUAACAAGCAUUCCAAUUACAAGCAAGUGCAUAAAGCAGAGAAAACCUAACAUCUCCUGUGCUUGUGAAAACAACCACCAAUAAAUGGCCAAAUGGCUUAGCUGACCUCA